AGAAAAAAAAAACACCAAAUCACGGAAGAGCUUCUUUGGUCCUACUCGUUUGGCGAGUUCUGCGGGGCGUCGCGCGGCGCAGAAAAAGGCGGAGAAGAGAACGGGACGCAGAGUUUGCGCGCAUUUCUCCCAUUCGUCCUGUCCUGCAGAGUUAACGAGACUCAUGGAGGCCGCACUGCAGAACAUAGUCCAGGUCUACCUGAAGUCCUCCAAGGGGAAGGAGUACCUGGGAAGGAAAGAAUUCCAGACGCUGGUCUCUUCCCAGUUCAGCAACGUCCUGACGGGAGCGGACAACAACGAGGCCAUCGAUAACUUGAGCAAAGAUCUGGACCCGGACGGCAAAGUGGGCUUUGACGACUACAUGCAGCUGGUGGGGUACCUGGCCGACUGCGUCAGCAAGCAGCGCAUGCUGGAGAAAGAGGCGUCUGCCAACAACACCGCGUCCGAACAAGAACCGCAGAGCGCCGCCAAGGACGACGGGCAGAAGGCAGAGCCCGCCGCCAAGCCCAAGGAGGAGGUCAAGAUUGAGCCGGCGGCGGCGGGAGUCAAGGUAAACGCAGAACCAAAGGUGGAGGUGAAGGCAGAGGGGGAGGCCAAGCCGGAAGCCAAGGUGGAGGCAGCUGCAACUGCAGCUGCGACUGCGACUGCGGCUGCGACCGCGGCUGCAGCUGCGACUCCAACUGUGGUUGCAGCUGGAACUCCGACUGCCGCUGCAGCUGGAACUCCGACUGUGACCGUGGCUGCAGCUGCACCAAAGGUGGAGGAGAAUAAAGCAGACAAAGCAGAAGAAACAGCGGCGGCAGCGGUGAAGCCAGCAGCAGCGGUGGAGCCAGCAGCGGCGGUGGAGCCAGCGGCGGUAGAGCCAGCAGCGGCGGUGGAGCCGGCGGCGGUGGAGGAGAAACCAGCUUCUGCGAAGGAAGACACGGAGAAGAAGACGGAUGAAGCAGCCUCAUAGAGACAGACAAACAUGUGACACUGAUGCCAAAACAAGCCGCCAUUUUUAAGGUUAAAACCCCAAAUUCUUCUCUUUCAAACUCUGGACGAACUCCCGAUCCCGAUUCCUUGCACUGCCGGUUCUGAUCCUGUGUACGAUUGGCCUCAUUGUGAUGCUGCUGUGCCACAGCGUGCAGCCCCUUCGCCUGAGAAAAGCCAAACUUUAUCAGCCCCUCACCAUCAAGCUUCCUCCGCCGUGCCCUCUGCAGGGCACAGAGGAAUGAAAGGAAAAAUAACACAUUUCUAAAGCCUUAAAAUCUGAUUAAACUAGAUCCAAAUCUCUCAAAACAUUCCUUUAGUCCUUGUAUCCCAGUCACACACUAACGUCUGCCUCUCCUAACUCACAGCUGUGGGUCUUUUAGCCUCAGAAUCAAACUGUGUUUUCCUGCUAAAGCUGUCCUCAUCUUCCUCAUCUUCCUCAUCUUCCUCACUCUUGGUGUCGGCAGCCGACGGUUCGGCUGGAACCUUUGCUUAAAUAAUGAAGAUUCAGGGAUGGAAUUUACACCCAAACCACCAUGUGAGCCAAAACCACAGAGCGUCUCCGUCCUGAAGGACAGACGGGUGUCGAGAGGGCGGGGCAGGAAACACACUCUAGUGGAAAUGUGUCUGUGUCUCUGCAGAUCCUGCAGGAGUCGAUCUAGAUCAGGAAUCUGUAACCUGCAGCUCCAGAUCCACAUGUGGAUCCUUGAUCUCUCCAUGGAGGAUCCUCGGCCAAACAGAAGAUAAGUCAUAGAGACCCACCCUCCCCCGAACCAGAACCCCCUAAAGAAAACAAAC